CUUGUCCCUUUAUAGCUCAUUUAUAACUUGUGCCCCAUGAUGAUAAAAGCUGGGGCCUAGGCCGACUCCUAGACUGAAGUCAAUUUCGUAUUUAAUUUUAUCAACGUAGGAACUCAGACAUCAUGGCACUCACACUCAUAUCAAUAGCCGCCCUGUGGCUUUUUCACUGGAUGUCCCUUAUUCAGGCAGAAAUCGAAUAUCCCGUCACCAUCGAAGUAGACCUCAUCUAUCCACGUCCCGAAGCAAAGGCCCGCGAUGAGUGGCUCCCCAUUGUCUUCGCGAUCCAAAAUGCCGAGGCAGCGUACUUCCACGGGUUCACCAUGAGUUGGAUUCUAUACCCCGAAGGUGGAGGUGAAUUCGAAUCCAUCCAGACCUACACCUCGUCGAGUUUUGAAAAAUUCCAUUACGGAAUGCUCGAUUCCGAGACGGCAAUCGUGAUCGGGGCCAACAGCAACACCGCCACUGUUGACCCGGGGAGAUACAACUUCACUUGGGAGUUCUCGAUGGUUCCAUGCACGGUCAGCGGUAGUCUAACGACAAUCGAGAGUGGGACGGUCGUUGCGUCGGACUCGUUCUUCGUCGACAUCGUCUCCGGCAAUGCGGGUAAUGUCGGCGAUCUGGAGGACUGGAUCGACAAGUGUCCUAAAGUUGCUGGGCAGGUUACAAUUGCGGAAUCGGUUCUUUCGAGCUGUCCGGUUCUUGCAGAGAAUGAUAACGGGCGUUCGGUCAGGCGGCAGAUGUGCGAUACGAUGCUGCUGGAUGCAGAGCAGCGAGGGUGUCUCCAUUCUUACUUUUCUGGUAUUAGUGAUGACGGGAAUGAGUAUGUCCAGGAUAAUGGGACCGUUUCGUGCAAGUCUGGGUUUGAUGUUUUGCCGAUAGAGUGGAAGGAUCCUGGUUUUGAAGUGUCCACAACCUCUUCGUCUUCUACGCGCUCCUCUACCUCUACAACUGCCAGCUCCUCUACGACCACGGACAUUCCAACCUCAACGGAAGGUAUUGAUGAGGCUUCACCGACUGCUACCGAAUCUACAGACAACGGGAAUGGCCAGUCUGACGUUGACGAGUCUGUUUCGCCUAUACGUCGGGCAGGUUUGACUACGCUGGGAGGCUGUAUGGUGGUUAGUUUUAUAUUUCUAGGGUUGGUUUAACGGUUCAGAAUACCUGGGAGUUAUUAUGACACCUGAAAUAUCCACAUCUUGAUAGAUUGAUGUAGCUUAGGUCUAAGAUUUCACAUUGUGUACUUGUCCCAUUUUUAUUCCCUAUCCG